AUGAAAUCUUGUACAAGAAACCAACGUAGCAAAUAUGUUGGUGGUGGGGUUGGUGAUGGUGAAACAAUAUCUGAUAAAGGGGAGACAAGAAACAAGCAUAGUACUUCAGGGAAGCCAAGCAACGGGCGAAUGGGUAGCUGCAUUAGUGAUCGAAAAGGUGUCUUUGUUAUUGAUAGUGAUGGUGAUGAGAGUUUUCAAAGUGCGCCUAGGACGUUGCAGGAUCUUUUGAUUCAAUUAUCUGGUAAAGGGAAAUCAAGAACAAAAGGGGAGGAAGCUCUCGUUGUGAUUGUUCAGGCACUAACUAUGGAACUUGAGGUUGAUUUUGUGGAAAAUAAUUUUGCAACAUUGUUGUAUCGGUGCCUGCGUUGUGUAAAGAAGGGGUCUGACAUAGAAGUUGAACUAGCAUCACAAGCAAUUAGCCUGCUGGGGAUGAUUCUUCGAGAUGAGGAUUGUGCGUAUGAAGUAUAUAAAGACUCGUUUCCUGUACUUUCACAGGUUCUGGAAUCUGGUUCCAAGAAGUUAAAGAUUUUGGAAUGUUUGGCCAUUGUCACUUUCUUUGGUGAAAAAAAUGACGAGACACAAAAAGCUAUGCAGAUCAUAUGGAAGAGGAUCCUUAAAGCAGACUGUAAUACGAAGAAUUCAGAAGCUAAUAAAUCAGUCUUUUUAGCAGCUGCUGAAGCAUUGGCUCUGAUAUUUGAGAUUGAUUGCCUUGACAAGCUCUCUACUGAAGCAAAGAAUUCAGAUCUAAUUUCUGCCAAGGAUCACAAUUGGUUUAAACAAAACUUGAAGGAUUAUAUAACACAGAAACUGAGAUGCCAAGCCAAGAAAGAGAGUGAAGAUAGUGCUAAAAAAGAGGCACGGAUUGAUUUUCUGAAAUUUUUUGAGGAUUGUAAUAAAUUCUUGGAACCUUGUGCAAGGAUUGGUGAAGAUGUACUGAAGUUGUUGACAUGGUCUAAAAGAUUCACACCAAGAAGAGAGAAAUCCACAGGCAAUGGACUUUACACGCCUAAAAGGGAAGAGAUUACCAUUCGCUUCUUCCGACCCAGACUUCAACAGGAGGACGAAGAUGGUUCUCUGUUACCUUUUGUGAGCAAUGAGAAGAAACUGCUACUAAAGAAAAUGAACAUGUCUCCCAACUCGUUCUUGAACAAGGCUAGAACUCGGUUACUGAACAAGAAAAGGAUGCUUGCUGAUUAA